UCCCCAUUUCAAUUGCAUCCGAAAUUCCAGUUCUUAAGCGUGGCUUGGCUUUCAGUGGGAGAUCUAUAAAUUACAUGCUCCUGUCAGAAUUACAACAUAUUUCGACUGGGUCCGUUUAAGGGUAACCAUCAUCAUGGUGUCCCUGAAAGUGAUUACUAUUCUUUCGGUAAUCAUCCUCUCUGAAGGAGCCCGAAUCAGAGUUGAAAAAAUCACAACUUUAACUCCUGUUGGAAACUCCGUACGAGUUACUAAACAAGUGAGAGUAGGGACCUAUCCUGCUGCAGUCGUUCCACCCACUCACUAUGGACCAGUAGUUGGAGUACCGGCUCCCGUACCGUGUCCGCCAUUAGCACCUGCACCUCCAGUAGUACCCGUGUAUCCAGUUGCGCCAGCGCCUCCUCCAGUACCGGUUGUUGUGCUACCACCACCGGUUGUAGCUGUUCCGCCGCCACCACCACCACCCCCACCCCCAGUAGUAGCCGUACCGCCACCACCUCCACCCCCACCUCCAGUAGUUGCCGUUCCACCCCCUCCACCACCACCCCCAGUAGUUGCCGUUCCACCUCCACCUCCACCUCCACCACCGGUAGUUGCCGUCCCACCCCCUCCUCCAGUAGUACCUGUACCACCCCCACCUCCCCCUCCGGUUGUUGCCGUUCCACCCCCGCCACCGGUAGUUGCUGUCCCACCACCACCUCCACCAGCCUACGUUCCUCAAGAUGUAUACGGAGUUCCGGGACCACUUGCGCCUCCACCAGUCCUCGGACAGAACAACCUCUACCAAACGCAAACCACAUUCGGCGGAAGCGCCCAAUCCCAAGCAGUCGUCUACCCAUCCGGACCUGUCGGUAACUUCAACGGUCCAACAUUCAACCCAUCCUACGCCACGCAACAGAUCGAGCUACAGAACAGUAAUCCCGUAGUCACCGGACCGGUUAACGUGAUCAACUCUGCCGGAUCGGUGGCCGUUCAGCAACUGCCAUACGUCAACGAACUCACUCCGCCUGCAACGUUUGUCCAAACUCCUGGAGCUGUAGCCCUUCCCGGACCCGCGGCCGUUGCUGGACCUCUCCCUGGACCUCUACCUGGCCCAGUUGGACCCGUACCCUAUCCACCAGGCCCCGUAGCACCACCCGUUCAAGUUCAACUUCCACCGCUGGCCCCCGGCGUUCCUGGGCUACUACCCGGCCCAGUGGGACCGGUUCCCUACCCUGGAGGCCCCCUCCAGCUACCACCGGUAGCAGUCGGCGGUCCCGUCCUAUAUCCCGUAGUACAGGACGGCAGUUGGCGACCUGUGCCCGGACAGGACGGCAGCUGGCACCCGGUUCCGGGUCAGGACGGUAGCUAUCAACCCCAGCCAGGUCAGGACGGCAGCUGGCAGCCCCAGCCAGGUCAAGAUGGUAGCUGGCAACCUGAUCAACCACAACCUGGUCAGGAUGGUAGUUGGCAACCGCAGCCAGGUCAGGACGGCAGCUGGCAGCCCGAUCAAAACGAUAGUGCACAACCGGACGCAGGUCAGGAUGGUAGCUGGCAACCGGACCAGGGUGGUCAGGAUGGACAAGCAGGCCCAGAACUCGGAGGCACACCCCAUGCUGAAUACGGCGUACCGGUGUAGAAGAGUUUAGGAUAUCGGUUAUCGAUGUUAUGUGCGAAAUAAUAUUGAAUGUUAAAUAAAUUUAGUGAAGUUACGUUUUGUAAUCG